AAAGAGUACUUCCUGCCGCAGAUACCGAAGCCGAGGAUCAUGGGUAUCGACCCGCUGCUGAUGAAGAAGGGGAACCUGGAUGAAAUCAACCGUCACCUCAGUAACUUCCACAGCUACAGACCUCCGAGCUACACGGAGGAGGUGUGGGACCAGGUCAGCGGUGACAACCUGUACGUGACCUCUCCGAAGCUCCUCAGCGUCCCGGCCGGCCCCAUGGGCGACGAUAAGGAGGCCUUAGUGGUUCCCGUGGCCGCCCGACUCCAGUUCACAGCCCAAAACCGGACAUCCUACAUGCAGAGCCUGUCGCCGUACUGCUCCUCGCCUCCCGAGGCCUUCGCUCCAUCGCUGCCCUCCUCGUGGCCAAGGCCGGAGAUCAUGUCCCUGCCAGGGACAGACUACAGCGUGAUGGGACAGGGCAACUCUUUCCCCGUCCCCGACGCCACCGCCGUUAACGCCAACGCCUCGCCUCAGGAUUUCUACACCUGCGUCCAGCUCAUGAAUGAAAGCGGCGAUGUGCACCUGGUGCCGUGUUUGCCGCCGCCGUACUGCAGGGAGUUCCCGCCUCUGCAGAGUGGCGGCGACGAGAAGGAAGAGAAGAAGAGGAAACUUGCCGCGUACCAAGCCAGGAAGAAUUUGACGAGCGAGCCCAAAGAUGGCGGCAAGGCCGAGAGGAGCGAGGCGUCCGUGCCUCUGCUGCCUGUCGCCGUCGACAACAGGGGCUGAUUGACAGGAAGCACGCCGAAUACAAAUACGUGGAAACUAAAGAAUGUCUGCAGGACGUUCGCUUGCUCAUGUUCAGACCUCAAACAAAGAAAAGAAACAAACUCUCCGUCUCUGGUCCGAUAUCCUGAGUUGUGUUCGGGCGACCGACACUUUCUUUGUUAAACUGUGUGGAACCAAAACGUGUUGUUUAAUGCAAACAUCAGAUUCCAGGUUGAAAUCUGUCAAACCAGAGUCUGGAAACAAACGAGAGAACAAGAUAACGACCGCUUCACCACGCGCUGCUUCUGCUACACCGUGUUCGUCUGCGCUCAGCUUCGGGGCCUCUCUCAGGAAAUACUCAACUGUGCGGUGUCGAGAUCUGGAGGAGACAAAACAACUGCUGGUUCAUCGAACGCUCAGAUCCUCUGUUGGUGUUUUCACGUCAAACCGUUCGCCUUCCUCAUCAGAUUCAGUUUGAAUUCACUGGAGCUCCUCCGUCACUUUCUCUACGUCACUGUCGCACAUCUCAAACCUUCAUCAUGUCUCACCGGAGUGAAGUCGUUGUUUAUAUCUGCUUCAUAUCAACUCUCCCUCUGGCGUCCGUGUGGUGAGGACACAGAACACGGGCGUGACACUGAUCUACACGUGUGUCUCUCAGUCAUCUCAUCUCAUCCGUCAGUAUUUAAGCUCGUCUGUGAUGUUUCUCGUGUUUCCCUUCAAUGUUGUGUUGUUUUAUUCGACAGAAAAAGAAAAACUGAUUUUUUUCUUUCGUCCUAAAAAUUAUGAAUUUAACACUUUAACAAAUCUUUGUGUAUUUUCAACAUGCUGAAGUGACCAGUGUUUAUAAAUAGAGAAUAAAAGCAGCUGAUGUCGAUGACGAGGUGAAAUCUGACCGUCAGCUACCGGCUCUGGUCUUUGACGCAUCACAGGAUGUCGUUUGAUUCAGGUUUUAAACAUCCAGAACUUUUUACUCAGAUCUGAAGAUUCUUCUCCUCUGUAACGAGUUGUCACAUCAUCAUUAUUAUUAUUAUUAUUAUUAUUAUUAUUAUUAUCUGUGGGACGUCCUGACCCUGACCCCAGCUACCUCACCUCGGAGGACGUCCCUGUGGCCAAAGCUUUAUUCCAACGUGUUUCUUUCUUUGCCGUCGAGCACCAGAGACGAGCCCAUAGCUGAAUAAUGUUUCCACCGUCCGCAGCUGUCGAUUCUGUCACGUCACUUCUCCGUGGGAUCCAGAGUUUGUAGCUGUAACGUGUUUACUCUCUUGAAAAGUCGUCAUUCUGGCCCCCCCGGCCCUCGUCACCUCUGAACUCGCUGAUGUGGCGUCGUCUCGUCGUUGCCGUUCGAUGUCGUGCCGUGUCUGUCAGCGUGCCUGUGUGUGCCUUGUUGUUCACUGAAGUGUUUGUGUGAGGAGUAAACAGUUCACGCACUUUGUGUUGAGUAAAAAAAACUAAACCGCCUUUUAUUGUGACACUUUCUACUUGUGGGACAAAAGCACUUUCUCUUAACUGCAAUAAAAAGUGAAAAGGC